CUCCCCUCUAAACUUCUAAUCUUUUCCCCUCUUUAUUUUUAUUCAAGACACUUUCAACUAACAACAACAGGAAAACACCUAAAGAUACCCUCCUUAUUCCAAAGCGCAAUACUCUGAUUGAUUCUAUAUCUUCUUUUUCAUGUUCCUGGGGACAUUUUGCGCAUUUCCUGUUUGAAUAGGUAGUCUUUUAUCCUACUUAAUAUAACCCAUUAGUUUCCAUCCGCACUUAUUCGUCCACACUGCGCUCCUCCAGCGCAAACACCACCGAUCAUCAUGGAUCCCAUUAACUUCGAUAUAAAUGAUGCUCUCAAGCAUUAUAUGAGCGAUCCAGCUGCAAUCUCUACACCAGAAGCCGACGGUGCAUUAGUCGACUGCGAAACAGACCCCGAAGCUCUAUCCAACAUAUCUCUUCUCAACCCGGUGUUAAAUCCCAUCGUCGAUGCCGUUGCCGGAAAUCCAGAUGCUAUUAUGCGCAGCGCAUAUUUUGACUCGUUGCAGUUCCUUCUCAAAUAUACGCAAUUUCUACCCACACAUGCCCUCAGUAAGAUCUUCGACUUGAUCAUGAGUGGCCUAGCAGCCGAAGCCGACGCUAUAAACCACGAUCUCGAAAACCCAGACGAACAAGAGAUGAUCGCCCAUCACAAAUCCCUACUCGAAAUAUAUGGUUUUCUAUUGCAGUGGACUAUCGCUUGUGUCGAGACGAAAGCCGCCGAGAAAUCAUCUACCACUUCUGUUUCACGCGCCAGAGGUAAGGGCGCAAAAUCCAAAGCCGCAGCGAGCAAGGAUAAGGAUGGCAGUUGGGACAGUGUCGCCCAGUUACAAACAGCAUUAGACGUUAUGUCCAAAGUUCUUAAGUUGAAAUUGGGCAAAAUAUUUCUUACGACAAGCGAGCGCGAUACAUUCAUUGGUCUACUUACGAGGCCCGUUUACAUGGUUUUGGAGAGUGAACAGAGAGUCAAGAAUACAGCUAUAAAGAUGCAUGCCUUCAAGGUUCUUUGCAUCGCUGUUAAACAUCAUGGCCACGCCUACGCGGCGCAAAUAUCCAUCGUCCAGAAUUUGACAUAUUUUGAACAUCUAUCCGAACCGAUGGCAGAGUUCUUGCAUAUUCUUGCGGAAACAUACGAUUACCCUCAGUUGGCCGACGAAAUUCUGAGGGAGAUCAGCAAUAAGGAAUUCAACACCAACGACACGAAGGGCCCUAAAUCAGUAUCGUCAUUCAUCAUCAAGCUAUCUGAACUUGUUCCCCGCCUAGUGAUCAAGCAGAUGACGAUGCUAGCCAAACAAUUAGACAGCGAGUCAUAUGGGCUAAGAUGCUCCCUCAUCGAAGUUUGCGGCAACAUGAUCGCUCACCUCACCACACAAGAAGAGCGAAGCGAAAACCACAAAUCACAAUUGAAUGCCUUCUUCGACGUUUUAGAAGAGCGUUUCCUUGACAUAAAUCCUUAUUGUAGAUGUAGGGCUAUGCAAGUCUACACGAGGCUCUGUGAUCUUGAACAGAAAUUCCCCAAGCGUCGACAGAAAGCUGCGGAGCUAGCUUGUCGAAGUCUUGAAGACAAGAGCAGUCACGUCAGGAGAAAUGCUAUAAAACUUUUAGGGACUUUGAUAAAGACACACCCCUUUACCGUCCUGCAUGGUGCUCAACUUUCUCGCAAGGAUUGGCAAGAAAGAUUGGACAAGGUCGAUGCCGAAUUAGACGCAUUGAAGCCACCAGCAGGCGAACCUGGUCUAGGAGAAGAUAAAGCCGACAAUACAGCACUAGUAGACGAACCCACACAAAUCGAAUCACCUCAGAAGCCUAAGGAGAUGACUGAUGAAGAAAAGGUGGCAGCGGUUCUGAAGGCCCAGGAAGAUGCAGCUACUUCGGAAGCCAUCGAGAAACUAACGCUGACGAAGCGAUACUACACCGAUGCUCUCAAGUUCAUCGAGGUACUACAUGAGGCUACAUCUACCGUAUGUCAGCUUCUUGGGUCCAAGAACAAGUCCGAAGUCAUUGAGGCAAUGGAUUAUUUGGAAAUCGGAAAUGCGUACAACAUCGAAGACAAUAUGGUUGGAAUUCGACGAAUGAUGCGCCUUAUCUGGACAAAAGGAAAUAGUGAUGAAGGCAAAGGUGUGCAAUCGCACUUAAUUGAUUGCUACAGACGACUAUUUUUCGAAGCACCAGACAGCUUCAGCCCCAAUGACGCCGCCAUCUACAUCGCGAGAAACAUGAUCAGUCUCACAUCGGGUACGACCCCGGCCGAAUUGACGAGUCUCGAACAACUCUUGGCGACAAUGAUGAAAGGUGGAAUGAUCUCCGACCGAGUAGUCACAAAGCUAUGGGAGGUUUAUGGCUUCCAGAGGAGAGAAAUUUCUCGAUCCCAGCGACGCGGUGCUAUUAUUGUUCUAGGCAUGCUUGCUACGGCUUCACCUGAGAUUGUUGUCGGUGAGAUGGAGGCCAUGCUACGAACCGGACUUGGAUCUCAUGGUCGAUCUGACCUCCAAUUAGCCAAGUAUACAUGCAUUGCUCUACAAAGGCUUAACCCCUUAGGAAGACAAGCCAAAGAUUCGCCAGUCAAAUUCAGUCGCCUUCCAAAUGAGCACGCCGUACUAGCGAAGUUAGCCGCAAUCACCGAGGUUCCAAGCGAUAGUAAGGAAUGGUUUGGAGUAGCCGAACAGGCCAUCAAUGCCAUUUACGUCCUUGCCAAACAUCCCGAUACAUUAUGCUCUGAGAUUAUUAGGCGCAGAACAAGAGUCGUAUUUGCCGCACAGCAGAAAUCUCCAUCUGCAUCUCGCCCUGGAUCGCGAGGCUUCGAUCCUACUGUGACCGCUGCCGUCGACCAGGGAAUGACUCAAGGCAUCACUAUGAAUCUUGAUGCCCCUACUCAAACUAUUCGACAAAUUUCAGAACCACCAGUCGAGCCCAAGCAAAAAGCCGCUAUUGCGCUUUCUCAACUACUUUUCGUCGUUGGCCAUGUGGCCAUUAAGCAAAUCGUUCACCUUGAACUUUGCGAACUCGAUUUCAAGCGACGGAAGCAGGAGAAAGAAAAAGAAGCUGCUGCUAAACCAGCCGAAACACGUCCUUCCGUAGGUCGUAAGGGCAAGACGGCUGCUCCUGCUCCUGCUCCUGCUCCAGAGGAUGCUGGAGAUGAACUUGAUUUAAUUGGUGGCACGACGGAAGAUGACUUUACAGAAGCCAUGGCACACAUUCGUGAGCAAGAGCUUUUAUUUGGGCCACAAUCACUACUGUCUAAUUUUGGUCCGAUGGUAGCCGAAAUAUGCUCGCGUAGCGAUAUUUACAGAGACAAGGGCCUACAAGCAGCAGCGACUUUAUGUUUGGCGAAGCUCAUGUGUGUUAGCAGCGAAUACUGCGAGGCUCAUCUACCGCUACUAAUUACCAUCAUGGAACGGUCACUUGAUGCGACCGUGCGAUCGAAUGUUGUCAUUGCUCUCGGUGAUAUGGCAGUUUGCUUUAAUCACCUUAUCGAUGAGAAUACCGAUUUCCUGUACCGCCGAUUAGCUGAUAGAGAUUUGUCCGUCAAACGUACUUGCUUGAUGACCUUGACAUUCCUAAUCCUCGCGGGUCAAGUCAAGGUCAAGGGUCAAUUAGGAGAGAUGGCUAAAUGUCUGGAGGAUGAAGACAAGCGUAUCGCAGAUCUUGCGCGCAUGUUCUUCACCGAGCUCAGCACCAAGGACAACGCAGUAUACAAUCACUUUGUCGAUAUGUUCAGCUUGCUGUCCGCAGAUCAAAGAAUGGAAGAAGAACCUUUCCGGAGGAUUGUUCGGUUCUUGUUGGGAUUUGUCGAGAAGGACAAACAUGCCAAGCAACUCGCAGAAAAACUCGCAGCUCGUCUCUCACGAUGUGAGACAGAACGCCAAUGGAAUGAUGUUGCAUACGCGUUGGGUUUGCUACAGCAUAAGAAUGAAGAUAUUACGAAAGUCGUAAGCGAGGGGUUCAAGGUUAUCCAUGCUUCUGCUUAGACUGAAUGAUGUGAUGGAUGUAUGAUGUAUUUAUCGAGGAUACCUAAUGAACGGUUUGGUCCAUGUCACGUAUGGGUUGGACGAUGAGGAUGAAAGGAGUCUGGCGUUGAGGAUUAGGAUGGAUAGGAUGGAGGUCCUUUUCGUGGUAAC